AAGAAUGCCCGUGCAUCUCCCUCCUCUACCUCUCAAACUUUCAUCGCGCAGUCUCCAGUGUUGCUAUAUUGGUCAGAGUUACUGAAGCGAGCUCAAGUCCCCAUCUGUGUAGAUUAGACCUUUAUCCUCUUAACUCCGAGUGUCUCUGCCUGCUCUUCUCACCGCUUCGCUCAAAAACGCUCUCAAAUAAGAAGAAACUUUAAGUCUGAGGCCGAUUCGCGGGCUUUGGACGGCUGCUGUGGCGCUCCGUGGAUGCUGAAGUUCUCCAGAGUUGAUCGCGGGUGUCGGGGCUCCUGUGGGGCCGCGCAUGAGGAGCGUGUCUGAUCUGCUGCAGACAGUAAUCGCAUCAGACCGGCUUCACCGUCCAUACAAAGACCUGCAACAGUCUGGAUCGAAAAAACGCCGUUUUCUGUUCUUAAGGAGUUUAAAAUGAGGAAUAACUGCAUUUGAAACUCAGAUCGGAAUCUCAGAAUCAUAAAGGAUUGAAAAUGCGCCUCCAGGAGAGAGUGAUGGUGCUUCUUGCAUUGGUGUGGAUGUGUAAUUUCGCGCUUUGCGCAAGAAAGACUAGUGCACGCAAGUCAGAGAGGUUAAGUCCACCGCUGGACAUUCAGCUGGAGACGGUGAACUGCACUGCAUUCAGUGUCCGGUGGAAAAUGCCCCGUAGACACGUCAGCACUAUCACGGGAUACAAGGUGUUUUACACGGAGAUGAGGAAUAAUCGUCCGACUAGCAAUGCUGUUGCCCUGGAAGUCCCAUUGAGUUUGGAAAUGCUCACAACUGGACAGUUUGAUGGCCAGGCCAGCUUUGAUGUGGUGAUCGGGAACCUGAAGGUGGCCACACUGUACCGUGUCAGUGUGGGGGCGUACGGCUGGGCAGGCGAGGGCCGACCCAGCAUGCCCCGGGACAUCAGCACUGGCUCUCUUGAAAAGUGCAUGCCUCCUGCACCUCCGACCCAGCCUAAAGUGGUCCCAGUGUCAGACACAGAACUGGCAUUGUCAUGGCAGCAUGGAGAGAGUGAAGGAAGUGCACCUGUGCUAUACUUCCUUGUGGCGUAUAUCAGACCGGAGAUGGACACUGAGUGGAUGUACAUCAGAGAGCCAGUAGAGUCGAACUCUAUGGUGCUCAAGGGUCUGAUUCCUGAGACGGAGUACCAGUUUGUCGUCAGAGCCGUGAACGCACACGGGAUCAGCCCUCCCAGUGCCAUCAACAACCCCGUGCGCACUCUCGGUUCAGCAGAUACAGGCAGUGGAGACUAUGAUGUCUACAUCUCAAACUCUGACAGUAAAGAUGAGGACGGGUUUGAAAUCGAUGACUCGGAUUAUGAUGUCUUCAUUGAGGAGAUAAAGUCAUUAACUAGCAGUAAGAAAAGCGGCAGACGGUCUCAGCUUCGCUCCCGCGCCGGGACUCCCAGUAACGGAAAUGUUAUUUAUAGGAUACGUACACCUGUUUCCCAAAAUAUCAGCAUCACUCCAACAGCAGCGGCAGCAUGGACCACAUCAACAACACCCACUAGCUCCGCCUCCAGGACAACCACCACACCUGUUAUACUGACAGGCUCCGCCCCCACCACGCCUCCUCCUGUAGUUCCUUCUCCCAGUCCGUCAGUGACGCCGUGGAAAGGGGAAAGACCCCGGGUCUAUGAUGUACCAUGUGACGAGACGGUCUGCCCUCCCGACAGCUUCUGCAUCAACGAUUACGACACUGGAGGCUCUCGAUGUCACUGCAACCUCGGUCGCCAGGGAGACUUCUGCUCAGAAGGUCUGACGGUCAAUUUCCCAAAGUUCUACGGCUACUCCCACAUGACGUUUGAACCUCUUAAAAACUCUUACCAGAGCUUCCAGAUCAGCCUGGAGUUUAAGGCUGAGGCUGAGGAUGGAUUGCUGUUGUAUUGUGGAGAGAAUGAACACGGUAGAGGAGAUUUCACCUCCCUGGCCCUCGUACGGGGAAAGCUACACUACAGGUUUAACUGCGGUACAGGUGCAGCUCAGAUUGUAAGUGACAGCUCCAUUGUGAUUGGACAGUGGCACAGGGUCACAAUAUUUAGAGACGGCAUGAAUGGCUGGCUGAGAUUAGACAAUGACACACCGGUGUCAGGCCGUUCUCAGGGUCAGUACACUAAAAUAACGUUCCGCACGCCUUUAUUUUUGGGCGGAGCUCCAAAUGCCUAUUGGCUGGUGAGGGCGGUGGGCACCAAUCGUGGCUUUCAGGGCUGCAUGCAGAGUCUGAUUGUCAACAGUAAAGCCAUUGACAUCCGACCCUGGCCUAAAGGAAAUGCACUGAGCGGAGCAGACAUCGGGGAGUGCAGCAACAGUGUGUGUGAGAAGGUCACCUGUGCUAAUGGAGGAAUCUGCUUUGCCAACCGUGCGGACAGCUUCAUCUGCCUGUGUCCUCUCGGCUAUAAGGGCUUCCUCUGUGAGGAGAGUUUCCUGUUGUCUCUACCCCAGUUUAAUGAGAGCAUGUACUCGUACGCCAGCGCCCCCUGGCCUCAGCCCUCCCACAACUACCUGUCCUUCAUGGAGUUCGAGAUGACCUUCCAGCCGACCAAUCCCGACGGCACGCUGCUCUACACCGAUGAUGCGGCCAGUCGUGACUUCCUGUCAAUCAGCCUGGUGGGCGGAUAUGUGGAGUUUCGCUUCGACUGCGGCUCGGGUGCCACAGUUAUCAGGAGUGAAGAGGCCGUCGCUACGGACGUGUGGCACGAGUUGCGUGUCUCGCGUACAGCAAAAAAUGGCAUUUUACAGGUAGACAACCAGAGACCAGUGGAAGGCAUGGCAGAGGGUGCAUUUACACAGAUAAAAUGUAGUUCUCCUCUCUAUAUUGGAGGAGUUCCUAAUUAUGAUAUUACUAAGACGAGCGCUGGCGCCCUGAGACCCUUCAGUGGAACUGUGCAGAAGAUCACUCUGAAUGACCGCACUAUAGAGCUGAAUCCCGGUCAGGCUUUUGGGGUGAACGUGUUGAACGCAGAUCACCCUUGUGUAGAGAACCCGUGUGCUAAUGGAGGAACAUGCAGGCCGAAGUGGGACGGUUAUGACUGUGACUGUACGCUUGGGUAUGAUGGGAAACACUGUCAGAAAGAAUGUGGGAAUUAUUGCUUAAACACUGUCACUGAAUCUAUUGAGAUCCCUCAGUUCACUGGACGCAGCUAUCUGACAUACGACAACAGAGAUAUCCUCAAAAGGGUAUCAGGUUCCAGAACAAACAUGUUCAUGCGUUUUAAGAGCACGUCUAAAGAUGGUCUUUUACUGUGGCGGGGGGACAGUCCAAUGAGAGCCAACAGUGACUACCUGUCUCUCGGCCUUCAAGACGGAGCGCUCAUUUUCAGUUACAAUCUUGGUAGCGGAGCUGCCACUGUGGUCAUUAAUGGCACAUUUAGUGAUGGCAAAUGGCACAGAGUGAAGCACAUAAGGGAUGGACAGUCUGGUAAACUAACUGUUGAUGAUUACGGAGCUAAAACCGGCAGAUCUCCUGGAAAGAUGAGACAGCUGAAUAUCAAUGGUGACCUUUACAUUGGGGGGAUGAAGGAGAUUGCGUUGCACACUAACAGGCAGUACAUGCGAGGUUUAGUGGGAUGCAUUUCUCAUUUCACUCUGGCCACAGACUACCAUCUGUCUCUGGUUGAUGAUGCAGCUGACGGCAAGAACAUCAACACCUGCACCAACUGAGCACAUCAAAAACACCAGCUACAGAACGUGACCAUCAGUAUCUGUGAUCCAAGAACAACAUCAUCAAAAUAAACAAUUUCAGGAACACCAACAUCACUGACCUCAGCUGAGAAGCAACAAAUACAUUUGCAGUUGCAGCCAAAAUUAAUAUAUGCCCCAUUCAAACCUUUAAAAUGAUCAUAGUUAGUCAACAAUAAGCUAUAACAUAAUAAAAGAGCCAAACCUACAGCAUUUAGCUUGGAACAUUGUUUAUGUGGUGAGAUGAGGAUGAAAGUGUUUUCUUCCAUUAUAUACCAAAUUCCUAAACCAACAGCAAGAGUUAAGCUUUUUUUUUUAGCUUCUGCACUCAGUGUUAUAAAAAAAUGGUUUUCAAACAUGUAGUUGAAUCACAUUAAAUAAAUGUUAUAAUAUUUCAUAAGUGAGCAUGCAUUUAUUUGAAGGCAAGCCCAGCUCAGAGGUUGUUUGUCCAUCAUGCAACAUUUGAUCUUUUAAAGCAUACUGAAUAAUGACAGCUAAACAUAUUUAUACGCCAAACUGUAUGUUUUCAAAUGUACAAGCCCUUUUUAUGGCACUUACUGUAUGAUUCUACAACCAGUUCUUGUCCUUAGUCAGAUGGGUUUCCUUUCUAUUAUUCUUUUCAAGGACAAAGGUGAGGGACAAAUGUAUUUAUAUAGUUAUUAUUCUUUAUUUUAAUGCCAUUAAUUUUGAAACAGUAUUUAGACUGAUGAAUUUAUAGAUGAAGAUUGGUUGUGAUGAAUAGCUGUCAUGUAGCGUAGUAAACGUCUCUCUCUUCUGAGGUAAUGUUUGCACUGUGAGUUUUUAGGCUGCUAGUGGUGGAAGGACAAAGUGAUGUGAUUUUUCUUUUGUAUCAGAGGGUUCUCUUUAACGUCUCUGCCUCUCUUUUCCUUCUAGCUACAAACUGUUAUGAAUCCCAAAGACUCUUUUAUAGCUUCUGUAGCUCUUUAUUUAUUUUUGUUCAUGUAAGUUAAUGGAUGUCUGCAAAAAAAAUGCAUCUCUUAAUUUUUCUGCCUUGAUGUUUUAAAAGCCUGUCAUUUUGCCAUCAAAAAUGUGACUUAUUGAUUUCAUUAAAUAAAAACAAUGCCAGACACU